CUCUCUGCUCCAUCCCCGCCUUUUCUUCUCCUCCUUCCUUACAAACCCUAGAUUUCUCUCCUUGUUUCCUUCGUUUCAGUUAAGAGUUUUCCUUCUUUUUCUUCCACUUUCUUUCACUUUCUAUUCUGUUGUUCGUGUUCUUCUCUGGAUCUCGGUUUUCGUGUAAUGGACUUUGGUGGUGGACGCAAGAGAGUGAGGCUGGACGCUUCCUUAAACGGCAAUGGCGGCCUGAAGAAAUCAAAGCAAGAAAUGGAGUCCUUUUCAACUGGUAUAGGAAGCAAAUCGAAGCCAUGCACAAAGUUUUUCAGCACUUCUGGGUGCCCUUUUGGUGAAGGCUGUCACUUCCUUCACUAUGUGCCUGGGGGCUUCAAAGCUGCAUCUCAGAUGCUUGGCACCAAUCCAGCUCUUCCCCCUGUUGCCAGAAAUUCUGCAGUUCCACCAUCCUUUCCUGAUGGCUCAUCACCUCCAGCAUUAAAAACCCGAUUAUGCAAUAAAUACAACACACCAGAAGGUUGCAAGUUUGGAGAUAAAUGCCACUUUGCCCAUGGUGAGUGGGAACUGGGUAAGCUGACUGCUCCUGCUUAUGAUGAUCCUCGUGGCUUGGGACCUAUGCCAGGCAGGAUGGGUGGCAGAAUGGAGGCCCCCUCACAAGGUCCAGCUGCCAGCUUUGGCAAAUCUGCCACUGCCAAGAUCAGCAUUGAUGCAUCACUGGCUGGAGCUAUUAUUGGGAAGAACGGUGUGAACUCAAAGCACAUCUGUCGUGUUACAGGAGCUAAGCUUUCCAUAAGAGAUCAUGAAUCAGAUCCUAACUUGAGGAACAUCGAACUUGAGGGAACAUUUGAUCAGAUCAAGCAAGCCAGUGCCAUGGUUCAUGAGCUUAUUGUUAACGUUGGUCCACCCACAGGACAUUCCAUGAGGAAUCCUGCUACUGGUGGCUCUGCAGCUAACAACUAUAAGACUAAGAUCUGUGAGAAUUUUGCCAAAGGAUCCUGUACCUUUGGGGAUAGGUGCCACUUUGCACAUGGUGCAGAAGAAUUGCGCAAGGCAGUCAUAUGAUUUUGUCUUCUUUUUCUUGUUCGCUCUGUUAGGACUUACAAUUAUUAUUCUAGCCUUUGGUUAUUUUGAGUUGUCCUAUUAAGGUCUCUUGGUUUCUUCUAUUGAUGUUAUGGUGAUUUUGAUGAUUUGAUCUAUAUAACCGAAAUUGAUGGAUGGAGCUUUGCCACAUUGAUGAACAUAGAACGUGGACCAGGUACAUUGUUAUGGAUUGAUCUGCAGCAUCUCACCAUUUAUCUUGGAGUUUAAUACCAUCAUCCUGAGUGAGAGACGGGUGAGGGGUUUGGUUUGUUUGAGAUUGUUGUAUAGUGUUGUUAUUAGUCUUGUUGUGGUCUGGCCGAAGACUAAUUUUUUGUUUGGUAAUUAUUUUUCAAAAGUGCUUUAUGUAACUCUACAAUCAUUAAAAGGAAUUUAUGCUU